AUACAAAUUUACAAAUUGACAUUUGAUCCGGACUUCCGGAGUUCUUCCCCAGUGGUGUUGACUGUUGUGGUGUUUUACUUAUUAAUUGUCACCGGCGACUAUCAAAUCAUUAACCUCCACUUUCAAUUCAAUGUCAAAACCUCACAUAUGGAUCCCUAUUAUUCUUAUUAUUUCGAUUCCUCCUUUGAUUUUCACUAAAGUUACCGCUGCUGUUCCUUUCUAUUAUAACGAUGAAGAGUCCAACAUAUUCUUACCUUCUUCUAAUAAGUCAACGGCCACUUCCACGUCCACGUGUCCUUCACCUGACCCUAACAUUAAUUACCGUCCAGUAAUUGGAAUAGUUACCCAUCCCGGCGAUGGAGCGUCAGGCCGGCUCAGUAAUGCUACAAAUGGUUCAUAUAUAGCUGCUAGUUAUGUCAAGUUUGUUGAAUCUGCUGGUGCCAGAGUCAUUCCCCUUAUUUUUAAUGAACCUUUUCACAAUAUCCAAACUAAACUCAAUCUGGUCAAUGGAGUGCUUUUUACCGGCGGAUGGGCUAAAACUGGUCUCUACUUUGACGUCAUUGAGGAAGUUUUUAAGCAAGUCCUUAAAAGAAAUGAUGCAGGUGAACAUUUCCCAUUGCUUGCCAUAUGCUUAGGUUUUGAACUUCUAACGAUGAUUAUUAGCAAAAAUAAUAACAUCCUUGAAGACUUUAGUGCAUCGGAUCAAGCGUCUACACUUCAGUUCAUGAAGAACAUUAAUAUUGAAGGAACUUUGUUUCAAAGAUUCCCUCCUGAGUUGGUUGAAAAGUUGAGCAAAGAAUGCCUGGUAAUGCAAAACCAUAAAUACGGUAUAUCACCUGUAACAUUUCAACGGACAACAGAGCUGUGCAGUUUCUUCAAGAUCUUAACAACUACCGCUGAUGAAAAUAACAAGGUAUAUGUAUCAUCAGUUCAAUCAGAAAGCUAUCCGGUCACUGCUGUCCAAUGGCAUCCUGAGAAAAAUGCUUUUGAGUGGGCCUCGUCGGCGAUUCCACAUUCAUAUGAUGCAAUUCAAGUGACUCAAAAUGUUGCCAACUUUUUCGUGAGCGAGGCUAGAAAAUCCCUCAACAGGCCGCCUAAUCAGAAAGUGUUGGAUAACCUUAUUUACAAUUACAAACCCACUUAUUGUGGGGCAGCUGGGAAGGGAUACGAUGAGGUUUACAUCUUCAAUGAGAAUUGAGAACCAAAAGAACGCUAGACUGUAAAUUUCAAGAGUGGUACAAUCUUAUACGUCUCAUGAUUGAUAAAAGUGUAUUGUUGUAAUUUAAGUAUUGGAAAUAUCAUACAUAUGUAUCUCAAUAGUGAAUAAUACACUAUGAAUAGGUGAUUGAAAAACAGAUUAGACAUUUUAUAUUUAGAUCCAUUUGAAGAGAAACAUCAAACAUGUGCAAACGCACAAUAUGUAUACAACAUAUAGAUUCGAACAUACAAUCUCUAUAAAGGUGUGUGCUAUAUAUAGUAGUAAUAGCAAACAAGCAUAUUAUCAUUUUAUCA